GAUCGCCCUACGCAAGAUCAUGACAAAAUCAGCUCACGCUUGAAAAUCCAUUCUCUUCCGCAGAAUAUAUUAAGAUCGAAAAUUCCAUUUGCUUCAUUUAGUUUCCCUCGACGGGAUUGAUAGACCUUCCACCCCAAAUUGUUCCUUUGUUUUUCGUUGGCUGCAUUGACAAAUCAAGACUUCAAUACCGGUGUAUCCUUUGACCUUCCUCACUCACAGACCCCACCUCGAGUACCGGUACUGAAACUGCCACAUUCACGAUUGCCGUCUUCCAAUUGCUGGCUAAAUUGGUCCGAACGCUAGGCUAGCAAAGGAUAAAUAAAGCCAUCGUGUCCUGUGGCCACCAUGAAGCAUGCUGCUAAGGUCUUUUAUCUGGCCGUCUUCGCCCUGCUAGGCACGUCUCAUGCUCAAGAUGCCAAAGCGCCCUCGAAGUCGAGAACGAAAAGUCCUGAUGUCUGCGCGGUACGCUGUCUUCUUUCUACUACUCUUUCAGGCACCUCCCUCUAAUGCCGUCCUUCAGAUCUCUCCCAAAGCCACCGUUUCCGACGCCUGCGCUUCCUACUCUACCAUCGAUAACUUGAACCGGGAUUUAAACACCGUCCUUCUUGAUGUCACGCAGAAUACCGAUUUCUUUUCUUAUUACCGGCUCAAUUUAUUUGGGAAAGAAUGUCCCUUCUGGAGUGAUUCGAAUAGCAUGUGCGGCAACAUUGCCUGCGCCGUAAAUACACUGGACAACGAAGACGAUAUCCCCAAAAUAUGGAGAGCGGAGGAGUUGGGGAAGCUGGAGGGACCAAAAGCCAGUCAUCCAGGAAAAAGAUUACAGGAAGAGAGGGGCCCGAAGAAACCGCUACAAGGAAUGUUGGGCGAUGAUGUAGGAGAAAGCUGUGUGGUUGAAUACGACGACGAAUGCGAUGAACGAGACUAUUGCGUACCGGACGACGAGGGUUCUGGCGGAAAGGGAGACUACGUGAGUUUGGUGGAUAACCCGGAAAGAUUCACGGGUUAUGCUGGCGAAGGCGCAAAACAAGUCUGGGACGCCAUAUACAAAGAGAACUGUUUCUCGAAAGAGUCAUUCCCGAAAUCAGCAUCUCUGGGAAGCUCCUCUCCCUUUUCCUUCUUGAAGGGAGGGGCUGCGAAUGAGCUUCAGUCGGUUAUUCGCGAACGUGGUCGUCAACAAGCGCUUGAGGAGCAACAAAAGCUGGUUCCAGAUACUCCAUUCGUCUCGGAGACUGGUCUCGAGUAUGAGGACGAGUGUUUAGAAAAACGGGUGUUCUAUCGAGUCAUAUCUGGAAUGCAUACAUCAAUCAGCACCCAUAUCUGUGCUGAAUACCUCAACCAAACUACCGGAAAAUGGAGUCCAAAUCUUGAAUGUUAUAAGCAGAGGCUCCAUCGAUUUCCAGAAAGAGUUUCAAAUCUAUAUUUCAACUAUGCCCUUGUACUGAGAGCAGUAACGAAACUCGGGCCAUAUCUGAAAGAGUAUACGUUUUGCUCUGGUGACCCAGCUCAGGAUGAAAUAACCAACGCAAAAGUGCAGGCUUUAACAUCACAAGCCGCUCAGGCUCCUCAAAUAUUCGACGAAAGUCUGAUGUUUGUCAAUGGAGAAGGCCCUAGUUUGAAGGAAGACUUUAGAAAUCGGUUCAGAAAUAUCAGUCGUAUCAUGGACUGUGUCGGAUGCGAUAAAUGCCGACUCUGGGGAAAAUUGCAGACCGCCGGCUAUGGAGCUGCCCUCAAAGUUCUGUUCGAGGUCGCCGACGACAACACCAAGGAUGUUCCACCAUUGCAGAGAACCGAGUUGGUUGCUCUUUUCAACACACUCAACCGCAUAUCAAACUCUCUUAACGCCAUCAAGGAAUUCAGAGCAAUGGUCGAGGCCGAAGAAACAGCAGCAGAAAGCGUGGGCCACCACCAUACUAUGCCCGAUCGAGUAACGAAACCUCACAAUGUCAUUCCUGGCAAAGACUGGGAGGGAGGUGACGAAGACGACUUUGCGCAAUUCGAAGCAGAGCGGGAAAAGGAGAGGGAGGAGGAGGAGGAAGAAUCGAUCUUGGAGGAAUUCUACGCGGAACUCAGACUCGUCUGGAAAGCCACGAAAUAUGUCUUCCGGGGUUGGUUGAUGUUUCCUAAAGCUUUGUGAGUCAUCCCACCUAUCUAAUAACUACAAUCAUGGAAUGGAAAUUCGCUAAUAGAUAUAGAUUUGAUAUCGUGGUUCUGGAAGCAGCGAGGGCCUGGGAGUUCUAUGUUGGAUUACCAGUCACGCCCAGGAAAUGGUCUAUCAAGAGACCGAAUAUCGAUGAGUUGUAGAUCAUUUCCCCUUUUCUCCUCAUCUACAGUGAGUGAGUUGGGAGAACCGCUUUUUUUGUUGGAUUAGAGAGGCUUUUUGUUUCUGGUUGCAUCAGCGUGGGGAGUUGUGGGUAUAUUAUACUAUACUGUACAUAUCUAUAUACAUACUUGAAAUUUUUCCGCUGCACACGAGGAAUGUUUUGGGUUUUACCGAGCAUGGGAUUGGAGUCCUUGUAAGACAGACUUACUUGUUCGAUAUAAAUGAUAGGUCUUUUUCGUGG